GAUAGUUCCGCGGUCAAGCUGAAUAAAUCCGACCACGACUCGAUUUUUCUGUAUUUUAUUUAAAAAUAAAUUAUUAACCAAGGCGUUAAUAAAUUAUUAUUAAAUAAAAGGCAGUUAAAAUCGGUCAUCAGCCUCAGAUACGUAUGGAAUACAAUUUCGAAAAUAUGGAGCAAACAAACUACCAUGGUCACGGUUUGUCACACCAGCUGCAGAACAUGCAUCAUCAACAGAACCAAAACCAAAACCAGAACCAGAAUCAGGUACACCAGCAGAUGCAGAUGCAGCGGCCGCAGCAACUGCAGCUGUCACAAGAUCAGCAGCCAUCAUCGCAGCACCCAAUGCAGCAAAUGCAGCCACCGCAGCACCCAAUGCAGCAGCAGCAGCCACUAGGGCAUCCGAUGCAGCAGCAGCAGCAACCAACAUCGGCGCAGCCACCACAGACUGGCUUUGCUCCCCGUCGUCAGUAUGAUAUUCCGGGCAGUUCUGCAGCUGCUGGCUUGACAAAUGGCAACGUCGAAGGGUCCAUCACAAGAACGCAACGUUCGAGCAAAGUCAAGAAGGAGAGGUCGUCGACAGGACAGCCACCGCAAUCGCAGUCUCAGCCACAGGAACAGGCAGAGCAGCAGCCGAUCCAGCUGCAGUUGAGCGAAGUAGAUGGGGGGGCAUCAUCGACCGACGAGGCAAUCGCUUUUGUCAGCGAAACCGAUGCCAAUGGGCUGGCCAUGAAGACGCCCGUCAGCAUACUGCAGGAGAUCCUCAGUAGGCGUGGCAUUACGCCCGGUUACGAGCUGGUCCAAAUCGAAGGCGCCAUACAUGAGCCAACGUUUCGCUUUCGCGUGUCAUUCAAGGACAAGGACACACCCUUCACGGCCAUGGGAGCCGGACGCUCUAAAAAGGAGGCCAAACAUGCCGCCGCUCGUGCUCUGAUUGACAAACUGAUGGGCACCCAGCUGGCCGAGGCUACGAACAGCGCCGCCGCCGCAGCUGUAACUGAUCCUACGGCCCCCGGCAGUGGUGGAGAUUGCCCAAAUGCAGCAAUUGGCGACGCCAGCGAUAAAAUUGUGGGCAAUCCGAUUGGUUUGCUGCAGGAGUUGUGCAUGCAGCGCCGGUGGCCGCCGCCAUCGUAUGACACUGUAACCCAGAUGGGUUUGCCGCAUGAGCGGCUCUUCACCAUUGCCUGCACCAUACUGCAGAAUCGUGAGAUUGGCAAGGGGAAGAGCAAGAAGAUUGCCAAACGAUUGGCCGCCCACAAGAUGUGGAGUCACCUGCAGGAAACGCCCAUCGAUGCAGCCAAAAUACCAGACGUCUGCAACGAGCUGGAGGGCGAUUCCCGCACUAACGAUAAUUAUUAUGGUGAUUUGAAAGAUAUCACUGUGCCGACGCUGACCACGCAGCACAGUAACAAAGUGUCACAGUUCCACAAGACCCUGAAAAAUGCGACGGGCAAGAAACUGCUUAAACUACAGAAGACUUGCCUGAAGAAUGCCUCGGUUGAUCAUCCCAAGCUACUUACAGACAUUGCAGCCGAGAACCAGUUUGAGGUCACCUACGUAGACAUCGAGGAGAAGACGUUCACGGGUCAGUUUCAGUGCUUGGUUCAGCUGUCCACGCUGCCCGUGGGCGUUUGCCACGGCACUGGGCCAACAUCGAGGGAUGCUCAACGCCACGCCGCUCAAAAUGCGCUCGAGUAUCUGAAGAUAAUGACCAAAAAGUAAACAGCAAAAGCAAAAUUCAAGCGCACAUCGAUUCGGUAGUUCUUGUCAAACAGAACUAGGUGUUUUUCCUUAUCAUUUAUCCUUCCCGUUUUCUUAUAUAUAUUUACUUAUAUUCGGCAGUUAAAUUUGAUUAUUUACGUGUGCAAAAUGCCGCUCAGUUUUUUUUACUAUUUAAAGCCCAUUGAAACGAUUUGAAAGUCUGUAAAAUUAUGAAUAAAGAAAAGUAUAAUAAAGAUACUACAGAAA